AUGACUAGAAGUUUAAAAAGAAAUCAUGAAUCUGCUGGUAUGAAUGGACAAGAAUCUUCAAGCAGCUUGUUAAGUUCGUCAAUAAGAUCAAAUAAACGAAGAAUGAGAAGUUCGGAUAUUAUGAUUAAAAGUGAAGAAGUAGAGCAUCCAAUACCUGAUACAAGAGCUCGAAAUUAUCCAUUAUACCUUCUUCCUCCACCUCACAGAAACAUUAAUUCAUCUUCCAUUCAACGGUCGGAAAAUCUAAACAACUUUAAUGACACAUCCUUUUCUACGCCUGUGCAAUUAUUCCCAGAUGGACACAACGCUGGUGGAGUAACUUUGCGUCCUAUUUGUUUGCCGCACGAAAACUCUGCACAUGGUGGAAUAACUUUACCUCCUAUCCGUUCAGUACUACCCAUCGAUCUUGAAAACUAUGGUACUAUAGGUCGGUUAAGAGCAUCUGAAACGGACGACGAUAUUGAAGUAGUCGACCUUACAUCUUCAAAUUCCGAAAACUUUGUAAUCGACCUUACCUCAUCUCCAAAUGUCCACUUGAACUCGGAAGUAAUCGUGAUCGAUGAUGAUGAUUCAUCAACAGAAACUAUUCCAUCAUCUACGGCUUCGUCAUCACAGAAAGGGCUUCUACUUAAAUGUUCAAUUUGUCUUGAUCAUCCAAAGGAUGUUUCAUUCACCCCUUGCGGUCAUAUAUUCUGUUUUGAAUGCAUAACAACAGCAGUAAAGACACAAAAAAUGUGUGCGCUUUGUAGACGUCAAGUAACAAAAAAGCAGAUCAAGCCUCUGGAAUUCAAGGUGUUACCUGUAAACAGCUAG